AUGGUCGAAAGCGGAGGAACUGGUGGGAAGUUCGCGGCCGCCAUCACCGUGGUAGCAGGUGUCGCGUCGCUGGUUGCUACUCUAAUGAGUGUUGUUUCCAUCCUCCUCCAGGUCAAAAACUACCGAAAGCCGUUGCUGCAACGAUAUGUCGUCCGAAUCCUUCUUAUGGUGCCUAUAUACUCCAUUGCCUCAUGGUCGAGCAUGGUGUCCACCGCGGCCGCACAAUUUCUUGAUCCAAUUCGCGACAUCUACGAAGCCUUUACAAUAUACACUUUCUUCCAAUUACUUAUCAACUACCUCGAUGGGGAGCGAGCUCUCAUCAUCAUGACACAUGGCCGGGCACCGGUUCAGCAUCUGUGGCCCCUAGACCAUGUUCUAUCGAAAGUCGACAUCUCAGAUCCACAUACAUUUCUCUCCAUCAAACGCGGUAUCUUGCAAUAUGCCUGGCUCAAACCGAUCUUGGCUUUGGCCGCCAUCAUAAUGAAGGCAACCAACACAUAUCAGGAAGGAUAUUUGGGGCUGAACUCGGGAUACAUGUGGAGUGGGAUCAUCUACAAUAUCAGUGUCACCGUCAGUCUUUACUCGCUUGGACUCUUUUGGGUCUGUAUGCACAACGACCUCAAGCCGUUUCGCCCAGUUCCCAAGUUUCUAUGCGUCAAGCUCAUCAUCUUUGCAUCCUAUUGGCAAGGGUUUUUUCUGUCUAUUCUCGUCUUCUUGGGCGCGAUUCCAGAUGUGCCUGAGUACACACCAGACAACUUGGCUGCUGCCAUCCAGGAUGCCCUUAUUUGCAUCGAAAUGCCAAUCUUUGCCAUGGCACACUGGUAUGCUUUCUCAUGGCAGGACUUUGCCGAUAACAGCAUACAAUCUGCGAGGAUGCCACUCCGACAUGCACUUCGAGAUGCGUUCGGCCCUCGAGAUUUGAUCGAGGAUUCGAAACAGACUUUCGGAGGUGAAACUUAUGGCUACCGUGCUUUUGAUUCGGGAGAUAAGGUUAUAGCCCAUGAAGACUCCAAAUCCAGAAUCGCCAGGCUGCGGGAUGGUAUGCGAUAUGAGAGGGGAGGCAAAGGAAAGUACUGGAUCCCCAAACCCGGUGAAAUCAACUCAACCACCCCGCUUCUGGGGUCGGAUGGCGCAGGGUCCAGCAGCCGCCCGGACCAAAUUAACGAGAACACGCAUGGUACCUUCGAAGAACCACAUAUCGAUGAGGAAGACGAAGAACUGUACGACUCCGCCCGUGAACUAGAGUACGGUGAUUGGAAUUAUCCUGUUAUUACAGCCAGCCAGCCCCUAGGAGACAGGUAUUACGCCUCGAGAAGUUACUAUCAUAACCGGUCACCGGUCCAUAUCCCACCUGCAAGAUCGCCCUCUUUCUCACCCCCCUACUCUCAACAGCAAAACGUCGUUCCAGAAACAGUUGUUCCUGUGAAGAAAAAGAAAAAGAAGGUGGUCAAGCACAAGGCUCCCGAUACCUCGAAAUUGCAUUUGGGCGAAGAAAGAACUCGAUCACCGCCUAUUAGUGGAAUUAACAAUGAUGGCAUCGCCGAAACCUCCAGGCCUGCCAAUCCUGAGCCCCAAGCCAUUGCCCCGGCUGUUCAGGAAGAAGAAUCGCCCGAGGAUGAUUACACUUCGAGAUAUAACGUUUCUCAGACAGAAGAGUUUCGCAAUGUCUGGGGUGGUGAUGAAGAAUCUAGAUAG